AUGCCUGGACGAGGAGUCAUUAAAGAUCGUGUCAAGUCAUCUAAUCUUACACCGAGGGAUUACCUGGAGAAUAUGAAACCAGAACAUUUGAAGUUCUAUUGGGAUACAGGAGAUUGGACUUAUGCCCACGGCGACGGUAAGGGGUCAACUCUCGGCGCCUAUAGACUGAGGAGCAUGAAGACGACUACUGAGCCAGCAGAGUACCUGAUUAAGGUUUUAUACCUGAAUGUCAAGUUUUUGAACUUUGCUAUGCCGGGCAGCCGAAACGAGGACGGUUCGACCAGUCCUCCUACCUCCCAGGAUAUCAUCGAUGCUCUGGGAAUUGAGCUCGGCAAGAUCGGCAAGUAG